AUGGCUAACUUGCCUGGCCAUUUGGGUCUUGUCGAUAGGGAGGUUGAACAACGUAAUCGUGAAUUCACUCAAGAAUACAUCAGCUUCUUCGAUGAUUCGAAGAGUGACAACCGAAUGCACAAACAAAUCGAGGAUUUCUGUGAUGGUUUGAUCCCUCGAGUUAUCGUCAAUAUUGAUAGUCUUCGCGAAAAGCUUCCCAACCGCGCUGAUCAGCUUUUGAAAAACUUUGCCGAAGAGGUUGGUUGUGUCGAGGCUGCUUUAAAAGAAGUUCAUCAUCGUGCAAAUGACGCCAAUUUUGACGGUCAUUACCAUGUUGGAUUUGAGGGUUCAAUGGGUGAUCGCCAUGUAAAUCCCCGCUCUUUGAAAAGCAACUUCCUGGGAAAUCUUGUGUGCUGCGAAGGAAUUGUGACCAAAUGCACUUCGGUUCGCCCAAAAGUCGUAAGCAGUGUCCAUUAUUGUCCGGCGACUGGGAAAACACUUGAACGUCGAUACACUGAUGCCACUGAUCCCGGGAGUUUGAUCUCUUCAAACACCUAUCCGACACAGGAUGAGAACAAGAAUCCUCUAACAACAGAGUUUGGACUGUCGCACUACAAAGAUCAUCAGCAGUUUACUCUACAGGAGCUUCCCGAGUGUGCGCCAGCUGGGCAACUCCCUCGAAACCUUGAUGUCAUUGUUGAUUGGGAUUUAGCCGACGCCGUUCAACCGGGAGAUCGAGUGCGCGUUAUUGGGUUAUACCGGGUGAUGCCGAAGAAACGUCAGGGUUUCACCGAUUGCUCAUUCAGAUCUUUAAUCAUUGCAAACAACGUUCAACAUAUGUCCAAGUUGGCAAGCCCGGAUCUCGAGACUGAUGAUAUCAAAAGGAUUCGUAAACUCGCCAAAGAUAAAGAUGUCUUUGACAUUUUGAGCCGAUCCUUGGCACCAUCAAUUUAUGGACAUGAAGAGGUCAAAAAGGGAAUUCUGUGUCUUCUGCUUGGAGGCGAAGAGAAAAUCACCGCAAGUGGCGUUCGAAUCCGUGGGGACAUUAAUGUGCUUCUGAUUGGCGAUCCCUCUGUAGCGAAGUCUCAAAUGCUUAGAUACGUCCUUAAUACUGCACCACGUGCUAUCACCACAACGGGUCGAGGCUCUUCUGGUGUUGGAUUGACGGCAGCUGUUACGACUGAUCCGGAUUCCGGUGAACGCCGUCUAGAAGCUGGAGCCAUGGUUCUUGCAGAUCGCGGUGUUGUUUGCAUUGAUGAAUUCGACAAGAUGACGGACGCUGAUCGGACAUCAAUUCAUGAAGUGAUGGAGCAAGGUCGCGUCACUAUUGCUAAAGCGGGGAUUCAAGCUCAACUCAAUGCUCGUUGCUCUGUGCUUGCCGCUGCGAAUCCUGUUUAUGGACGAUACGAUCCCUACAAAUCACCAAUGGAGAAUAUCAACAUGCAAGAUUCCUUGCUCUCACGUUUCGAUCUCGUGUUUGUGUUGCGUGAUGAGCACGAUUGUGAUCGCGAUCGAAAUGUGGCUGAACAAGUCCUGAAAAUGCACCGUUACCGCACAAAAGGAGAACCAGAUGGAACCGUGUUGAAAAUGGGUGGAGCCGUCAAAACCAUUAGCACAAAGCCAUUGGAUGAUGAUGCCGAAAAAGGCAGAAACGAUGGUAUUUACGAGAAAGACAGCGCUUGGACCGCUGUUGCCAAGGGUGAAAAAGUGCUGACAAUUGAUUUUGUUCGUAAAUUCAUCAAGAUGGCAAAGAAUGCGCCCACUCCUGAACUUGGAAAAAAGGCUCGAGACAUGAUAGCUGAUGCUUAUGCGGAAUUACGAUCCGUUGAGUCCGUUCAAGAGGAUACGGAACGCACCAUGAUUGUUACUGUGCGUCAACUCGAAUCAUUGAUUCGACUCUCAACGGCUGUGGCACGAGCCCGUUUGGCAAAGGAAGUGGAUCCAGUUGACGUUGAAAAGGCUUAUGGACUCUUGCAUUUUGCCUGCUUCAAAGAGAAACCAAAGCAAAAGAUUGAAUGGGAGCGAAGGCAUAAGAAAAAGACGGGUGAAGACGACGAUGAAGAGGGAGAUGAGGAGAUGCCUGAAGAGCAAGAAGAAGUUAUCUCAAGAGGAAAGAAACGAGGUCGCUUGAAUUCUGCUGGUGACUCACAGGACACUACAAGCCAGGAGCAAACACAGGAAUCAACCGCGAGUCAGACUGCUACUAUGGACGUUGAUACAACUCUGACGCAACCUACUCCCAAACGAGUGCGAUCUGAACCGGCUACUAUUGGUGUUGGAAGAUACAAGCUGUUCAAAAAGUACGCCCGAAAGGCCCUUGAUGAGCUCAGCGCUUCGGGAGAUUUUGUUGAUGAGGACCUGGUCACGCAAAAAAUUCAGGAACUCGCUGACAAAGAUGGUCAAGGCGCUUUCGAGGAGGGAGAAGUAGUGGCUGGAUAUGAGAAAAUGGGCGACGACAAUGCGAUCAUGUGCAGUGAGGGUCGGAUUUGUCCUAUU